AUGCCCUCGACCUCGCUGCGAAGAAGUCCUCGUGCCAGGCAAGCACGAUUCGCAAAUCUGCCGUCUGCACACUCUGACAUCGACGAUGACGACCCUGAAGCAUAUCAGCCCAGGAGCCAAUCUGCUUCACCAUCAAAGAAGCGCAACAAACAGGUGAUGGACCCAAAAAUGACCGAACGGGAUGCCUUGCACGGCCAGAAUGGUGUCUUGAAGAACAAGUCGCGCAAGAGGAUCAAACGCACGCGGGAUGACCCCAACUCGGCGGCUGGCAGCAUCUAUGCGCACCUCAAGGGCCUGCCUGACCUCUUUGCCGACCACAACGAUAUCAUGUUCUGUGGCAUCAAUCCAGGUGUGAAGUCGUCACAUUCUGGCCAUCAUUUUGCACAUCGCUCCAACCACUUUUAUCCAUCGCUGCAUAUAGCCGGCAUCACCGAGCAGAGGAUGAAGCCAGAACAAGACGUCGAUUUCCCCUCUUUGCGACCUUUUUCACUUGGUCUCACCAAUUUGGCACCAAGGCCCACAGCGGAAGGCAACGAGCUACUUCCAAGCGAGCUCAUCGAUGGUGUUCCCGUCUUGCUCGACAAGAUUCAGAAGAGGAAGCCUAGAACAGUCUGCUUCGUCGGAAAAGCCAUCUCGGAAGCAUUCAUCAGGGGUCUCAGACAGGCAGGAGCCAUUAACGGAGGCUUUUCUGCCAAGAAGAAGCGCGAUUCGCAGAGUGCCUCCGGGCGGACUGCCGGACUCGCACAAGAGCAGAAGAAGAAGCUUAAGGACAACGAGACAAGCUUAGGUUGUCCUCACAUCGGAUUGAAGGACGACAAGUCAGAUUCGCCAAAUUUCCUGCGAGCGGCCAUCCCGGCAGACAUUCUGCGUGCAUUUGCAACGGCAGUCGAGAUUCAAGAUGCCAAGCCAUCAAAGGGCAGUUCGCCACAAAGGACCCAAAAGCAGCUUUACACGAAGGGCAAUGCGAAAGAUGAUAGCGGCUACGGCAUCUUGCCCAUCUGCGUGCCUCAUUCGUGUCAGAGAGACAAGCCUUUGAGCGUAGACCAAACGACCUUCUUCUUUGUCAUGCCGUCCAGCUCAGCACGAGUAACAACGCACUUUCUGGACGAUAAGGGUCGCAUCCUCAAAAGCCUCCGGCGGCUGGUCGAGCAUCUACACGCAACGGAAGCGUUCAGGACGAGAUCGUCGAACAAUUUUCUCAAGGAAGAAGAUGUGGGCGACAGUCGUUCCGUAUCAGGUACCAAGCUCGAAAGCGACAUUUCAAGGCCGAUGAACGAGAUGAAGUUCGAGCUUGUCGAUGUGUCACGCUUCUCACCGGACGAAAGCGCUGCCAUUUCCUCAGCGCGAUGA